ACAACGAAAUCGAGGAGAUCUCGGGGCUGCAGAAUUGUCACCGAUUGACCCAUCUGGGACUGUCCCACAACAGGAUCAGAGCCGUCGCGGGGCUGGAGAACCUCCCCAUCAGGAUCUUGGACUUGAGCAGUAACCGGCUGCAGACGGUGCGGGGUCUGCGGGCGCUGCCGCAGUUACAGCGCGUGGAUCUGUCCUGCAACGAGAUCCGCAGCCUGCGGGGGCUGCAGGGCCACGGGCUGCUGGAGAGUAUUGAUCUGCAGGACAAUCGGGUGGCCGAGCUGAGGGAGCUGCGAUGGAUCCGAGAUCUGCCCCUCCUGAGAUCUUUAAAUCUCCUAAAAAACCCCAUCCAGGUCGCUGCCGUGAACAGAAGGGAUCCCCCUCUCGAGGUCGAGGCCUCCGAGGAUCACCGGACCCAACUUUUGUACGGAUUCCUGCAGCCCCACAGGGUCCUGGACACGUCAGUUCCUUCAAUUUAUGGGGGUUUUCCCCAAAAAUUUAUCCCAAAUUCCCCAGUAAAUAUUAUGGGUCCGUGUCACACCAGCCGGGCCCCGUACUUUGGGGAGCAGCGCGGUCUCGAUUUCCAUUUCAUCGACGCCGAGGAGUUCGAGGAGAUGCAGAGAGCGGGGCAGUUCCUGCUGACGUACGAUCUGUGGGGUCACCGCUACGGCCUGGCCAAGGACACGGUGGAGUCCAUCGCCCGCGCGGGGCUGGCAACCUGUGUGACCAUGGAGAUGGAG